AUGGCGAGGUGGUUGAUAAAGGUCUUUCGAUAUAUCGUUUUACUGAGUGUACUUUGCACACUGGUACAGUACUACCUAGCAAGAAAGGCUUAUAUAUUUUCACCGCGCCACAUCAAAAGUGUCGGCGAGAAGCUUGCGGGGCAGCCACCUUCGAAUUGUUUAGAAGGUAUCUAUUCGGAGUUGAAGCGCAGCUAUCCAAGUCAUCUUAUUCCUGUGUCGUCUAAGGGCUUUGUAGACUACUUAAGUAGUCUUACGCCCGAAGAAGUGACCUACAAAAGAUCCGUUCAUCGACCAACAUGGUUCGCAUUCAACGUUGGCGGCCUCAGCGGCAAAAUUCACUUGUUGCACGUUUCAACGACGGAAUAUAUCGCUAUAUUAGGAACGCCUUUUAGGUCUUCGGGCGCUUCAGGCAUCCACUGGAUGAAUCAAAGUUGUACUGUUCUCAGUGGCAGCAUGCAGCGUUUGACGGAUAGUUCAGGUUUGCGGAAAGAAGAAUUUCUGCCUGGUUCUCACGCCCGUUUCGCUUCUCUGGAAAACGCCCUCGUAGAAUUGACCGACGAUACGUGGCUUCUGUGUUAUGGUCGAGGUAAGCGUAAGUGUGAAAAGUCAUCACUGCGGACGGAUCAAUAAAA